GUCGUUGAGCUACGGCAAGCAGGAGAUGAUUCCGAAGACAAAGGAGCACCUACGCAGGUCUAUGCGACAUCACCGAUUGGACGCAAGCGAGGAGGACAUCAACGAUAUGGCCUGGUGCUUGUGUGCUCUGAGCGCUGCAGACGUCGCGGAGAUCUACAACCCGAACAAAAUCGGCAGGCAUGCUCGGAACUACGGCAUGAGAGCCGGGUUCGCGAUCGACUUGACGACGAAGAAGACGAAUGGCGAGUACUGGGACAUGAUGCGAGAACGAGACCGACUGGAGUUCAAGAGGAUGCAGGAGAUGGAUGAGCCGAAGAUCCUGAUAGGGAGCCCACCAUGCACGGACUUCUGCCAGCUUCUGAAGAUGAGCUUCACCGACGCCGAGAUCCAGGUGAAGGAAAUGGUCGAGCUGAUGAAGGACCCUCGGGUGAUCAAGGUGUCUGGGCCCAUGUGCAACUGGGGCCUCACCGCGACUGACGAGCACGGCGUUGGCUACGUCAGGAAGGCGACCACGUGGCUCACCACGUCGGCGGAGUUGGCUAAAGUCUUGAAGGGCGUGUGCGCCAACUACCGAGGAGGGCCCAUGCACCGACACGUUCAUCUCGUAGGAAAUCGCGGACAUGCAGCGGCCUCGUACACCCCGCAGCUGGUGCGAGCCAUCCUGAAGGCGUGCAGGAAGCAGUUGGAGAUCGACAACGACAGGAGCGUGCUGCAUGCUUUCAGUGCUGGACCGGUGCCAGACGAAGUGGAAUGGUGGGAGCGCGAGGAGAACGGCGACGAGGUGAUAAAGGCUUGGGACGACAUCAACAACGAGGAACUCGACCCAGAGAAAGUGCAGGAAGCUCGCCAAGAAGAUCUAAGGUACGUGGAUGGACCACCGCCAGUGUUCAUAGCAGUGCCCGAAAAGGAGUGCAACGAGAAACAGGGCAAGCCGAUCACGAUGAAGUGGAUUGACACGCGCAAGAACUGA